AUGACGAGGAUGCCAAACAUAUUUGUGACUUCCGAACAGAAAAAGUACAAGAAUAUUCCGGAGUUGUAUGAUUAUAUUCCUGUGGAAAUAGCUAGUGCUGGUUUAGCAAUGAUGGAGAUUUUUUUCUUUAUAAGUGCUUUUCUUCUUUCGUAUUGUAACCAGGGCAGUGUGAAAUCUGCAAUGGAUAUUUUCGUCUUAUUGAGAAAAAGAGUCAUCAGAUUAACAGUGCCAGUAUUUUGUCUUGUAGCAGCAACGAUUAUUUUACCACUUCUAGGAGAUGGCCCUCAUUGGAAUGACCUGCUAAACGAUGUUGAUGAAAUUGUAGAGAAUUGGCCUAAAUAUGCUUUUCAUUACACUAAUUUCAUAGAACACACUACUGGAAGUUCCAUUAUACUUAAUCAUUUAUGGUUUAUAAGCGCUUUGAUUCAGCAAAUUCUUGUGGCUAUACCUUUACUCUAUAUAAACAACAGCCCUCUCAUGCCUCUGUACACAAAUUUAAAAUCUAUUCGAUUGUUUAGUGCAUUAAUAUCCUUUUCAGUUAGAUCUGGUAAAAAAACCACGAUUGCUAUACUGGAUAUUCAUAAUCAAUAUAAUUUUAAUAACUGUGAUUUAUUACAAAAAGUCAAACAAACUCAAUAA